UCCGACUCUAGAUGCUCUUAUCUAUUCCCGUCAUCUUCCACACCUCUGACUUCUUUACUAAUCUAAUCUAAACUUCUUUUCACUCGGAGAUAUGCCAACAUCUUCCCCAAAGUAGCUUCAGCUUUCUGGAUGCUUCGCCUAUUUCCGAACAAUGUCUUGCUGUAGCUCCGUGCCUUCUUUCUCUGUCCCCUGUGCUUCCGCUAGAAGCUCAAGAUUCGCUUUCUCUUCGAGUUCAAGGCCACGAAUCCACUGUGCCCUUGGAGGGACUGUGGCUGAACCAAAAGUUACCGCAGCUGCUGAGCCGCUGUUGCUUAAUGCAGUUCGUGGGGAAGAUGUUGAGAGACCCCCGGUUUGGCUCAUGAGGCAAGCAGGGAGGUACAUGAAGAGUUACCAAAUUAUCUGUGAGAAGUAUCCUUCAUUUCGCGAAAGAUCAGAAAAUGUUGAUCUUGUUGUGGAAAUUUCACUACAACCGUGGAAAGUUUUUAAGCCUGAUGGGGUAAUCUUAUUCUCAGACAUUCUUACCCCCCUAUCUGGGAUGAAUAUACCUUUUGACAUUGUGAAAGGUAAGGGUCCUAUCAUAUUCAAUCCCCUAUGCACAGCUGCUGAUGUUGAUCUAGUGACAGAAUUUGUUCCUGGAGAUUCGGUCCCAUAUGUUGGAGAAGCCUUGACAAUCCUGCGCAAAGAGGUAGAUAAUAAAGCAGCGGUCCUAGGCUUUGUUGGGGCUCCUUUUACCCUGGCUUCAUAUGUGGUUGAAGGUGGUUCCUCAAAGCACUUCACUAAAAUAAAGGGAUUAGCUUUCUCAGAGCCCAAGGUCCUUCAUGCCUUACUUCAGAAAUUUGCAACGUCAAUGGCAAAAUACAUUCAAUACCAAGCUGAAAGUGGAGCUCAAGCUGUUCAGAUCUUUGACUCCUGGGCCACAGAGCUUAGCCCAGUAGAUUUUGAAGAAUUCAGUCUGCCGUACUUGAAGCAGAUUGUGGAUGCUGUGAAACGAACCCAUCCAAAUCUUCCUCUAAUCCUUUAUGCAAGUGGAUCCGGAGGGUUGCUUGAGAGGCUAGCUUUGACGGGUGUUGAUGUAGUUAGCUUGGAUUGGACUGUUGAUAUGGCUGAAGGUAGGAGGCGCCUGGGACAAGAUAUAGCAGUUCAAGGUAAUGUGGAUCCAGGUGUACUUUUUGGUUCAAAGGAGUUCAUCACCAACCGUAUCAAUGAUACCGUGAGGAAAGCAGGGAGAGGGAAACAUAUUUUGAAUCUUGGCCAUGGUAUUGUUGUAGGUACACCCGAAGAGAAUGUUGCUCAUUUCUUUGAGGUUGCUAAAGGACUCAGAUACUAAAAAAAGCUAAUCUGAGGUUAUUUUAGUUAAUUAAUUAUUAAUUUUUUCUGCAAAUUGGAGAUUUUGUAACA